AGGGUCAGAGGAUUGCCGGUAUCGUCAAUGGCUCGUGCUGCUGAUGUCGAGGAGCUCCUACAGCUGCUAACUGAUAGUCCGGAUGGUUUUACUAACGAAGAUCUGGAAAAGAGUGGAUGGGACAAGCAAAAGCUUCUGCAGUGUUUGAAUCCUCUAUUGCAGGCGGGUCGUGUUGAUAUCUCCAAGACGUCUGCUGGGAAGCUGCUCUAUACGGCAGUGCCCGCGGAGAUUGCACAGAAACUCAGGGGCUUGGACCAGACAUUCCGGAUGAUAUAUAAGCUCAUCAAAAUGGCAGGGACUCAAGGGAUAUGGAAUAAGGACCUUGCCACUCGUGCUAAUAUGGAACAUAGGAUAGCUUCAGGCAGUGUGACGAAGAUAUGUUCACAAUUAGAGGCACGGCGGUUGAUCAAGAAGGUCACUUCGGUUCAACAUAAAUCUCGAAAGGUGUGGAUGUUGUACGAGUUGGAACCUAGCAAGGAGGUCAGCGGUGGUAACUGGUAUCGAGAUGGUCGUUUGGAUACGGACUUGAUAGAGCGACUCCGGCAGUGUUGCCUGGAUUACAUCACCAACCAGAAUCGGGCUGUGACUUGUGAAGAUGUUCAUCGAUAUGUUGUAUCACAAGGAGUCUCACACAUCACACACAGUGUCGAGGAGAUUGGUGAUGUGUUGCGCAGUCUGGAGCUCGAUAGAGUAAUCAUGGUAGUCCCCUCUACGGCGGGCGAGUCCAUUGCUAAGCAAUGUUACGUGUCCCGACCAGCCAAUUUGGGUUUGGACUAUAUAACACGUAUAGUAGAUGUCCCCUGUAUCGCUUGUCCUGUAUCUUCCGAGUGCGUAGUUGGAGGCCGAGUGAAUCCCGAAGAGUGCCUCUACCUCUCGAAGUGGCUCAAUCUCAGCGGCCAGAGUAGUGAGACUACGGAUAUAGAGGGAGGUCCGAGCUCAUCAGCCAAUGAGAGUGGAGGCUCGAAAGGUACCAUAUGAUAUACUGCUAUCAACGUCGUUUCUACUG